AUGCCGCCGAAGAAUCGAAAGUCUGCUCAACCCGCGACCCAGGCUACCCAGGCCUCCCAAACCUCCCAACCCCCCCAAAACACUCCAGAGACGACAACAGCUACCACUUCUGAACAAGCCACUUCUAAGUCAACGGUCGGGACUACCGCCGCCGUCGCUCCUAUCAAUACAUCAGCCACAUUCAGCGCUACGUUGGACAUCUUCGCCAGAAUGAAAGGCGAAUUCAAAACACUAGAAAGUUCUCUUACGGAUAUGCACGAUCUGACGUCGAACCAUCGAUUGCUUGAUGGGCAAGAGGUCGAGAAGGACCUUCAGAUGAUUCGACGCCAAUUAGAAGGCGUUGAGGCAAGCAUGAAGGAUGGUAUCGAAGAAAUUGAACUACUUUUUGAUAAACUCAAGGACACGAAACUCCGACAAGCCCUUCGAGAUCAGAUUGUGGCAAUGCAUCAGGACAUGAUCGACAAGAUAGUCCAGGAACAAGUCGCUGCCUGUCUGGCAGCUGAGAUCCCACAAGAGGUACAGGAUGAAGUAGCGCGUACGAAGGCCGAGCUUGAUAUAGUACAGCGCGAGCUACAUAAUUCACAGAGUCAAGCAGCCAACGAGUUCCUACGAGAGGGCGGCGACGAGAAGAUAAACACCAUCUUCAUGAGCAACGGCGAAGUCAGCUCGAAGUUUCCCGCUACGCUUAAAGAACUCUUUGCUUUGGAUGGUGCAACAGUUCGACAGCUCUUAGAUGAAUACGACAUCCCUGUCAUUACCGAAUCGCGUGCGGGAAAUCUGAAUCAGUUUAUCCAGUUCUGUGGCGUACAGUACCAGAUGGAUGACGACGACCAGAUCAAGCUGGCAAAGCCUUCAGAUCGCUCGUCCACUACACCCGAAGAAGACCUUUUGUUGUGA